UUUUCACUCGAGCAGCACUUUAUUAAUUAUUGCAAAAAUUCAUGAUCAGUGUUUUCAAUCUAGUCUGUUCUAACUACACACUCGAUACUUAUUGUUGGUCUCAAGUUGACACAAAGUUAUCACAAACCAACAUUUCUGGCUUAUAAAGAUCAUCAAAACCUUAAAUUAUAGAACUGUCCAUUCUAAUCUAAACUCUGACUAAUUUCCGAUAGGAUGAACGUAACUUUGCUGUGGAAGCAAAACUAUACAAACCAAUAAAAUAAACUAUUUUCUAAAAUUACGCUAACAAUUGACCUCUCAAGAGCACUCAUUUAUUUAAUAAAACAGUAUAUUAAAAGAGGAGGCUCAAAGCGGAACUAAAAGUCGUUUAGUGUUUCUUCAGUACAGCCAGAGUGAAACACACGAAAGAUAAAAACAGAGCAUACGGGAUAGCAUUAGCUUUUCUUUUGUGAGACGGUUGUCUGAAGACAAAUUUGGCGUUUUAGUUAAAUAUUUCCGUGUUUUCAGUAAAAAUGUCUUCAGUUCAGCCUCAGAGAGUUUAUCAAGCAGCAGGAAACUCCUGCUGAAGAAACAUUCACAGAGUGGAAAGAAAUCAACGUUAAGAUGGAGGAAGAGAUGGACGAUCAGCGCAGACUGAUGGAUUUUACCCGGAUACCCAAGAUCAUCUUGCACCGGAUAGAUCUCCCACAACAGUGGACAUGUAAAGAGGAGGGGGUUCUCAAUGGGCCCAGCAACCAGGAGGAAAACUCCACUUUAAAUCAAGAGGAACCAGAACCUGUGCAGAUGAAAUGGGAACAAAAGGAACCAGAACCUGUGCAGAUGAAAUGGGAACAAAAGGAACCAGAACCUCUGCAGAUGAAACAAGAACACAGAGAACCAGAACCUCUGCAGAUGAAACUGGAACAAGAGGAACCAGAACCUUUGCAGAUGAAAUGGGAACAAGAGGAACCAGAACCUUUGCAGAUAAAACAGGAGCAAGAGGAACCAGAACCUCUGCAGCUCAAAGAUGAAGAGAAGCUUGUGCUGAAGCAGGAAAAUGAGAAAAUGCACAAGAAAGCUCAGCCAAACCAAGAACUAUAUUCUUGUGAAAUUUGUGACAAAACCUUUUCUGAAAACAGUUCCUUCAUGACACACAUGACAACUCACACGGCUAAGAAACCUUUCAUAUGUUUGACUUGUGGAAAAAGAUACCGUUACAAGAGUCGUUUAAUUGAUCACAUGAGAAUUCAUACAGGUGAAAAACCGUUCACAUGUGCUGCUUGUGGAAAAAGUUUCCAUCUAAAUGGUACUUUAAGCAGACACAUGAGAAUUCACUCUGGUGAGAAACCUUACACAUGCACAGCCUGUGGAAAACAUUUUGCAUGUAAAUCUCAAUUACUUGAUCACAUGACUAUUCAUACAGGUGAGAAGCCUUUCUCAUGUGGAACCUGUGGAAAAAGUUUCCGGAGGAAACCUGAUUUGGUUAGUCACGUAAGAGUUCACACAGGUGAGAAGCCAUUCUCAUGUGAGACCUGUGGAAAAUGUUUCUCUCAUAAAAACAGUUUAAGUGUUCACAUGAGAGUCACACGGGUGAGAAGACUUUGUCUUGUGGCACCUGUGGAAGAAAUUGCUUGA